AUGCGGGGCUACUGGGCCAAGGUCCCCAUCGUGCGCGCCGCCAUGCUCGCCCACCCGGAGGCGGAGUGGGUCUGGUGGUUGGACUCCGACGCCGUCUUCACCGACAUGGACUUCGUCGCGUACGCCGGCCAAUCGUGGCUCGGGCUCAACGCCGGCGUGUUCCUCAUCCGCAACUGCCAGUGGUCGCUCGACUUCAUGGACGAGUGGGCGCGCAUGGGCCCCGCCUACCCGGAGGAGCACGCCCGGUGGGGGAAGACGCUCAGCGACGUGGACUCCGACGUGGCGUGCGACCAGUCCGCGCUCGUCUACCUGCUCCUCAACGGCUGGGAGAGGCUGGGGAAGAAGACCUUCGUCGAGACGGACUACUUCUUCCAGGGCUACUGGAAGGAGGUCGUGGACCGCCUCGACGGCGUCGCCGCGCGGUACGAGGCCGUCGAGCGGCGCUCGCGCACGCCGGGGCUCCGGCGGCGGCACGCGGAGCGGGAGCACCUGCGGUACGCGGCGGCGCGGAACGCGGCAGUGAGCGGCGGCGUCCCGGGCCCGGCCGGUGGCGGGGUGAAGGGGUGGCGGCGGCCGCUCAUCACGCACUUCGUGGGCUACCAGCCCUGCAGCGGCGGUCGGAACCCGAUGUACUCGAGGGAGAGCUGCGACGACGGGAUGCGCCGCGCGCUGGCGUUCGCGGACGACCAGGUGCUCCGCGCGUACUGGUUCCGCCACGCCGCCCCGCUCAACGACAGCGUGCGUGAGCUGUCGUUCGACUACCCCGCUGCGCACGCGCGCAACAACUGA